GAAAGAGCAAGUGAUGAAGACGGAAAGAAACCUGUGUGGUUGGGGUCAUCGUUGGCGGGGCUGACGUCAAUGUUGAAGCAGAUCAUAACACCUUGCUCGCUUAUGGUGGAGACGACAAACACGACAGAAGUAGCAGGAUCUCACUCAGCGAUGAAGAUGAUGGAAUUGACAAAACAUAACAAGAGCUCCCUUGUGAUUGAAACAAUGGAAGCAAUAACAAAAGUUCACUCACGGACAUGGUUCAAAGACUAUAAUAAUAUCAAACAGAAGUUUGCCUUAUAUACGAUGCCAGAGGGAAAGCAACGCACACAGAGAAAGGGUCCACAAGUUGAAAGGUGA